UUUCAAAUUCUAAUUAACUUAGCAUCAUCAAAAUCUAAAUACAUUUAUUCCUUACAGGCUUACCUGAGGAAGCUUGGGGACGUGAAUAUCUACGAGGGCGGCAUGGACCUCCUCGUCCAAAGUGCCUUUAUGCUCAUGGAGAGCCAUAAGAGGCAAUACCGGGAGAUAGCUCGCUUGAAAGAGCUGGAGCAGAAGGCUGCCUCGGCCGACGAGGCAGUAGCUUGCCUGGAUCGGCUCCGGGAGGAUGCCAAGGCUUUGAAGCAAAGGGCUGAUGAAGCCGCUGCAGCCAGGGACGAUGCCCUGGCCAAGCUCGAGGAGAGCAAAAGGGAGCUUGUGGCCGAGCGGCUCAAGAAUGAAGAAGCCGUGAAGGCGAAAGCUGAGGCCGAGGCCGCCGCUGUUAAGGCUGCUGAUGAGGCCGUUGAGCGGUUCCUGGCUGAGGGGUGGAAGGCCGAUGAGAGGCUCCCCUGGUGCUACGAAGUGGUUGCCGCCAGGCUUGAAGAUUGGGGGAUGAACUCCCCCGCCGGCCAGGAGUACUUCAGUAGGGAGAUGGCCGUCUAUUACAACAUGGGCCAGGAGCGGAUGCAGAGGCUCCUGUGUCGGCGGCUGUCCCGUGCUCUGAAGGCCAUGAACUACACGUCCGGGUGGGCCAGACGGAACCUGAAGCUGCCAAAGAUGAUGAAGGAUCCAGAAGAGCAGGCCAAGCUUCCUCUUUCGGAGCGUGAGUCUCCUAUUGAAAGCUCCGGCCUCGGCGAGCCGGAUUACACCGAAUUUGAUUUUCUGGACGACGCCACCAGUGCUGCACCCGCCGACGGCCAGGAGACUGAGGCCGAGGAGGGAGCUGACGAGGUCGAAGAGCCAGCCACGGAUGGAGGUGCCCCAGAGGCUUGAUCGGCUACUCCCUGCUCCUUUGUAAUUUGCUUUUCAUUUCUUUGUCUAACUGAUGUAAUGGCCGAAGCGCC